AUGCGUUCCUUCUCUCUGUCCCAUCAUCAUCAUCACGAGCAUGCUCCUUUCAAAUCUUCAUGGUUACUAUCGGUCGGAUCAAAUAAUUUAUGGAGGAUGAAAAAGGGAGGAUUAUUAUCUGUUUCGUCCCGAAAUGUUCAUGAUCAUUAUAAAUUCAAUAACAUGAUGAUUCAUCAUGGGUUCAAGACAGGAUUACCUGAAUGCUCAUCUGUCAUCAUGGCUGUGAGUGGUAAAAACACCACGAUGAAGAGUAAUUUUAAUAUCAUGUGUUCCCAACAAGAACAGCAAAUUCGGAAUUUUGGAAGGACUUUACGAAAUUUACAAACACAUUGCACAACCACUACGAAUGUAAAUACAAAUUCUACUCAAAUUUCAUCCAAAGAUCAUGUUGAGAGUCAAUACAACACGACACAACAAGAACAGCAACAACAAUCACAUUCAACACUUUUUAGAAGGGUUUUAAAAAUACUUAAAUUAUUAGUCAUGUUGGAAUUGGGUCUGAUUGGAUUAGCUGCGUUUUUAUAUGGAGCCAUGAAAUUUUGCAUUUGGUUGUUUCAUUUCUCAGAUAUUGAAAAUCCAUAUAGUCAGCUGUAUAACAAGCAAUUAUUGGAGCUAUUGACACCUAUCAUUCAGCUAUUUGAAGGAAUAGAUAGAUAUCUUAAAACAAUGUCAACCAUCUUAAUUAUUGGCUUGGAAUAUUUUUGGUUAUUGACAACUUCCAAUAUUAAUCCUCAUUAUUGGUUCACUGAGAAACCAGACAAGACCUCUCCAGAAUUCAUUUCAAAAAAGAAGCAAUUACACACCAAGUCUGCACAUCGCCUACUUGCUCUCUUUUCAGAAAAUAAGGGAGUUUACAUCAAGUUGGGGCAGCAUAUCGCUUCUCUAGGCGGUUUCCUACCAGACGAAUACAUUCAAGUACUAUCAGUGAUGCGAGAUCGCGCUCCCACCAUCUCCUUCGACAAUGUUAAAAAAAUUAUUUAUCAAGAUUUUGGAAGAACUGUUGAAGAAUUAUUUGAAUAUUUUGAUCCAAAUCCAUUAGCCUCAGGAUCGAUUGCGCAGGUUCAUAGAGCCAAAACAAAAGAUGGAAAGACAGUGGCCGUAAAAGUUCAAUAUCACUUUGUGCGAUUUUAUUUUGCCGGUGACAUGUAUACACGAGAGGCUGCUACAAAAUUGAGUAUUCGUCUCUAUUACAUGCAAGAGGAUCCAAAAAAUAUUGAUGAAUUAUUGGAAGUGAACGACCAAUUUAACAAUGAAAUUAAGGAUAGUUUGAAUUCAGAAUUGAAUUUUAUCCAUGAAGCUGAGAAUGCAAAACUAGCUGCUGCUAAUUUUAAAGGAUCUCGUCCCGAUGUCUACAUUCCAAAAGUCUAUGAUCAUUUAACAAGCUCACGAGUAUUAACCAUGGAAUUUAUUGAAAAUGCUUGCAAUGCCAAUGAUGUCAACAGAAUUCGACAAAUGGGCUUUAACGAAACUGAUAUUGCUGCCCGAAUUAUUUCCACAUUUGCUGAGCAAUUAUUUAUUCAUGGCCAUUUGCAUGGAGAUUGUCAUCAAUCGAAUGUGUUUGUGAGACAGAAUCCUGAAAAGCCAUCAGAGCCGCAAAUAGUAAUUCUAGAUCAUGGUCUGUACAAGCAUUUGGGAGAUGAUUUCCGUCAAAAGUAUGCUCAAUUUUGGGUCUCUAUUGUGUUAAACGACAAGAAAGGAAUGCAAGAAUAUUGUCGUUCUCUUGGAAUUAAGGAUUACAAGUUGUAUGCUUCCAUGAUCAUGAUGCAAGGUCUGGAUAGCAAUGGAGAAUUAUCGACUUGGUCUGAGAAGCAAAUGACGGAGGAAGACUUUGCCAAGUUCAGCGAACAAUUUCAAUCCAAACGAAGUGAAUUUAUGAAUAUUUAUAGACACAUGCCAAAAGAAAUGCUUUUAAUUUCUAGGACUGAUAAUAUUCUUCGAUCUCUGAAUCGAGAAUUGGGAGCAAAAGUGAAUCGAUUCUCGAUCAUGGCAAGAAUUGCAGCUAAGGGAGCCUCCAUGAAAACUAGUGAGAAUUUGCAUUCAUGGACUCAAAGAUUUAGAAGAUGGCGAAGUGAAAUGUAUUUUGAAUUUAGAUUGCUUAUCAUUUCUGUACAGACAUGGUUCAUAUCUUUGGUGUUGAAGUUGUUUGGCACUGAACGAUUUUUCAAGACACAACAAGAACUCUUCGAAACAACCGAAUUCACGGAAGCAGAGAUUUCACAGUUAGAGCCUCAAAGCUGA